CAAAAUCCACCAUCAGAUGCACAGAGAGAAGGGUGAAGUUUACACGCAACAGAAGAGAGAGAGAGAUAGAGCUUGGAAACGGAAGUGCUCGGUUCUUUUUAUCAGAAGCUAUGGUGUCCUUGCAAGCAGCCCUUUCCCCAGAGGAAAACUUAUGCCUUAACCUCGAGAACCAGCUAUCGAAGAAAAGGAAGAGGGAGGCCGGCGAAGAGAGUGACGACUUCUUUGCAAAGGAGAUCAACUUGUUAAAGUCCAAGGAUACGAAGCCCGACCUCGAGCUCCAUCUGGACACUCCCUUGCCAUUAGAGUGGCGCCAACGAUGCCUUGAUGGCAAGUCAGGCCAGAUACACUUAGAUAGCAUCAGGACACACAAGAGGAGCUCCAAAGAUCCUAGAGGAAGUGCAGAGCCACUGACUUCAUGUCCGAGCCUGGACCUCGAGCUCAACCUCACGUUUGAGCCCCCGAGAAGCCACAUCAAUGGAGAAGAUAGAGCAAAGCAGGACUCUUGUGGCAAUUGGUGCAAUCCCAAGGAUAAUUCUGGCAGCAUGUUGAAGUCCUUAUCCUGGAUAUCCCUUGAUGCUGAUCAACCGGCCGAGAUGGUGGCUACUGUGUGCAUGCGGUGCCAUAUGCUGGUCGUGAUGUGCAAGGCCACUCUAACGUGCCCGAGUUGCAAAUUUGUGCACCCACCAAACCGUAGCUCGUCUACGUUGGUUAAGCCAGGGUUUAAGCUUUUGCUUUGCGAGGAUUAAGGAUUAAGAGCGGGAAUUCAUGACAGAUGACCAUCAAAGAACCCGAUUGUUAAUUUGAUGUCAUGGCUUUUGUCUACCUCUCUGUUUCCUUGGGACACCUUACCAGAAAAAGAGAUAAAAGUAGUGGAAUAUAAUUUAAAGUAAGGUUGAUAAGAGGACAGAGAGAGGGAACUUCCUUGGGUGAUGUAAGUAUAUAAAUACAAAUGUGUUUAGUGGUAAUUAAGUUCAUGUAUCAAGCAUGGUGUAAUAUCUAUAUCUAUAUCUAUUAUAUAUAUAUAUAUUGAUCACCUUCCACUU